AUGGACAAUGACGAACCUCUUGAGCCUGAGACAAAAGAUGAGACUGAAACGGUGCCAGCACCACAGAACAGUGACGAAAAACUCUACUGUGAGGCUGAUGCCCCCACGGCUGUUGAAAAAGAGAAACUAGCCCGGGAGAGUUCAGAAACAGACCUUGAGAUUGAAGAUACCGAGAAAUUUUUCACCACUGGACAAAGGGAACUAUACCUGGAGGCCUGCAAACUGAUGGGUGUAGUGCCUGUCUCCUACUUCAUCCGGAACAUGGAGGAGUCCUAUAUGAACCUCAACCACCAUGGGCUGGGCCCCAAGGGUACCAAGGCCAUUGCGAUAGCCCUGGUGUCCAACACGACUGUUACUACCCUGGAGCUGGCAGACAACUGUAUCAUGGUGGAGGGCGUCUUGAGCCUGGUGGAGAUGCUGCAAGAGAACUACUACCUCCAGGAGAUGAAUAUUUCCGACAAUGAUCUUGGUUUGGAGGGGGCCAGAAUCAUCUCAGAGUUUCUGCAGAGAAAUAGCUCGUCGCUCUCGGAGCUUCAGCUUUCAGGAAAUGACUUCGAGGAAGAAUCCGCAGAGCUGCUCAGCCAAGCCCUGUCGACUGAUUACCGAAUUAAGACCCUGGAUCUCAGUCACAACGAAUUCUCUGAUAAGGGAGGAGAGCACCUGGGAAAGAUGCUGGCUUUCAAUGUAGGGCUCCGCUCGCUGGAUCUGAGCUGGAAUCACUUCCACGCACGGGGAGCUGUGGCUUUGUGCAAUGGUCUCCGGGCCAAUGUGACCCUGAAGAAACUGAAUCUCUCCAUGAACGGCUUGGAGAAUGAGGGGGCUACGGCCCUAGGGGAGGUCCUCAGACUCAACAACUCCCUGGCCUACCUAGAUGUUAGCAGCAACAACAUCAGCAAUGAAGGAGCCUCCAAAAUCAGCAAAGGACUGGAGUUCAAUGAGAGCCUCAAAGUUCUGAAGCUUUUUCUGAACCCUAUGAGUAUGGAAGGGGCUGUUUUACUUAUCUUGUCCAUCAAGAGGAACCCCAAAUCCAGGAUGGAAGACCUCGACAUUUCCAAUGUGCUGGUGUCCGAGCAGUUCGUGAAAACAUUGGAUGGGGUGUGUGCCGUCCACCCCCAGCUGGACGUGGUGUACAAGGCAGUGCAAGGCCUCUCUGCCAAGAAAACCCUCUUCCUGUGGAUGAACCCCCUGAAACUGAUCCAGAGCUAUGCAGACCAGCACAAAAUCACGGUCAUGGACUUCUUCAAGAGCCUGAACCCUACUGGAAUGAUGACAAUGCCUGUGGGCGAGUUCCGGAAAGCUAUGAUACAGCAGAACCAAGUCCCCGUAAACCGGUACCAAGUCAGGGAGCUGAUAAAGAAGCUGGAUGAGAAGACAGGCAUGGUGAACUUCAGGUCAGCCCAGCGGCCAAUCCCCCUCUAG